AUGAGCGAGGUGACUUCCACUUCCUCGCCGCCUCCUGGCAAGGCUGCCUCCGUCUCUGAGGCUUACGAAGCUCAAGACAAGGGUCUCAUCGUCGUCGACACGGCUUCUCACGGUGAGGUCCGAUACACUCGCCAAGAGGAGCGCCGCCUGGUUCGCAAGAUUGAUUUCGUCGUCGUACCCAUCCUUUUGGUUCUGUACCUCCUUUCGUUCCUGGAUCGCUCGAACAUCGGUAACGCCAAACUCGAAGGCUUGGUAAAGGACAUCAACCUCAAAGAUUACUCCACUGCUCUUACGCUCUUCUUCGUUGGCUACGUCGUUGGCGAAGUGCCCGCAAAUAUCGUCCUUAAAAAGACUUCUCCACCGGUAUGGCUGCCGACGUUGACGCUCAUUUGGGGCAUCAUCUCUGUCGUGCAAGGUCUUGUUCACAACCAAGCAGGACUGUUCGCCGUCCGCUUCUUCCUCGGACUGAGCGAAAGUGGUCUUUUUCCUGGAUCCGUAUUCGUGUUCAGCAUGUUCUAUCCCAGACGAGAGCGACACUACCGAGUGGCGCUGCUGCUUUCCGGUGCUGCCUUCUCGGGUGCGUUUGGCGGUAUCCUGGCGUAUGGUAUUGGCUUCAUGCGCGGCGUCGGCGGAAAAGCAGGUUGGUCGUGGAUUCUCAUCAUCGAGGGUUUGCUUACCAUCGUUGUCUCGGUGGCAGCGUACAAGAUUGUGCCACACUACCCCCAAAAGUCUCGCUCUUUUUCGGAUCGCGAGAAGGCCAUCAUUGCAGCCCGAAUGCAGGUAGACCGCGACUCGCUCGACGAAGAAGCUUUCUCGUGGGAUGGCGUCAAGCAAGCCUUCACGGACCCGUACGUCUAUCUCUACAGCCUGCUCUUCCACGGAUUUGCAUUCGCUCUCUACACCUUCUCGCUGUUCAUGCCGACCAUCAUCAGCGACCUUGGAUACACGGCGGCCAACGCACAGCUGCUUACAGUCCCACCCUACUUCCUCGCCUUUAUUUUCACCAUGACAAUCGCCCACAUUUCGUUUGUCGUCAACCGCAGGCUAAUCUUUAUCAUCGGAUGCGCGCUGCUCGCUAUUCUGGGUUAUAUUGUCCAGAUUGCUUCGCCUACUGUAGCCGGAAGAUACGUUGCCAUCUUCAUCACUACGCCUGGCGUUUAUGCCGGCAACGCCCUGUUGCUUUCUCUGCCCUCCGAGAAUGUUUCUGGCCAGACCAAACGUGCUACCGCCCUGGCCAUGCAGAUUGGAUUCGGCAACAUGGGCAGUAUCGUGGGUGUCCAGCUGUACCGCCGCCCGCUUGGCGCACUCAGUAACCCGAGAUUCCGCAUCAGCCACGGGUUGAGCAUCGUCUGGCUCGGCAUUGGAAUCGGUGCUGCCUCGGCGCUGUGGUUCCUUCUCAGCAGGGAGAACCGUCGCCGAGAUGCGCUGCAGGCUAGUGGUGAAAAAUUCACCGAGGAGUCUGAGGAGGAGCAGAGACGGCUCGGCGACCGCCGUGUUGACUGGAGAUAUCAUGUAUAG